AGAGACUUACCGUUUUUCUAGACAAGUGAUAUUUCGAAAAUGGAAGCUAUGGAUGUAGAAACAGGUGAGUUUUUAGCUUAUUACGCCUUCAAUAUUGUACUAAUCUUUAAACUGGACAAAAAAAACAAAAAAGAUCACAUAGGAUACCAGAUAGACCGCAAAAUCCCCUUACUUUGUCGCAAUAUUGUAUUCAUUCAGGCAUCUUGUUAGUUCUGGUACAUAGAAGCAGUGUACAAUGUUAAAAAGAUAUGUAUAUAUAGCAUAAAGAUGUAGUAAACUUGUUUGCUGAUAUUGAUGACAAAACUAAUGACAGGAAGCUCAAGAAUUAACACUUUUACUUAUUGAGCAUUUUGCGAUGGAGUAUAUUAUGAGAGGCUUUGAAGUUUGUAUCAAAAUACUUUUUCUCUGAAACAGCUUUGCUAUUAUAUAAUGUGAAAUCUCGCUCACCAUCAGCACAAUCAGCUAAAAGUAGUUCAAGGUCUAGAUCAGUAUCACCACAAAUGAAUGGAGGCAGUGAUUGUUCUCCAAGACACUCUAGAUCUAGGAGUCCUAGAACAUCAAGAUCUAGGUCAAGGUCUGCAGCAUCCUCAAAUCACUCGAGAUCAGGUAACUAACAUUCUAAUCAGUGGAGUACUGUCAUUUUUGCGAAGAAAAACAAUAUAUCACAUUUUUAUAUUUUACAGGUUUAAAAUCACGUUCAGAAUCUCCAGAAAGUAGAAAAUCUAGAUCAGGAUCACCUAAAAGUCCAGCCAGAAUCUCCAAAUCUAGAUCAAGGUCAAGAUCAGGUUCACCAAAACAUGCUAGAUCUUCUAGAUCCAGGUCAGGAACACCUAAUAGUGCUUCCAGAGUGUCAAAGUCUAGGUCAGGGUCUCCCAAAAGUGUUCGUGCUUCAAGGUCGCGAUCAAGGUCAGAAUCGCCAAAAAGUGCUAGAGCUUCUAAAUCAAGGUCUAGAUCAAGAUCUGGUUCUCCAAAAAGUGCUAGAGCAUCUAGAUCAAGAUCUGGUUCUCCAAAGAGUGCUAGAGCAUCUAAAUCAAGGUCUAGAUCAAGAUCUGUCUCUCCAAAGAGUGCUGGAGCUUCUAAAUCAAGGUCUGGUUCUCCAAAGAGUGCUAGAGAUUCUAAAUCAAGGUCUAGAUCAAGGUCUGGUUCUCCAAAGAGUGCUAGAGCUUCUAAAUCAAGGUCUAGAUCAAGGUCUGGUUCUCCAAAGAGUGCAAGAGCUUCUAGAUCCAAGUCAAGGUCAUUGUCUCCAAAGAGUGUUAGAGCUUCUAAAUCAAGGUCUGUAUCUCCAAAGAGUGCUGGAGCUUCUAAAUCAAGGUCUGGUUCUCCAAAGAGUGCUAGAGCUUCUAAAUCAAGGUCUAGAUCAAGGUCUGGUUCUUCAAAGGGUGCUAGAGCGUCUAAAUCAAGGUCAGGGUCUCCAAAGAGUGCAAGAACAUCUAAAUCCAAGUCCAGAUCAAGGUCAGGUUCUCCAAGGAAUGCAAGAGCCUCAAAAUCUAGAUCAAGAUCAGGCUCCCCUAAAAGUGCAAGAGCCUCUAGAUCAAGGUCACCAAAGAGUAGAUCAAGGUCCAGAUCAGGUUCUGCUAAAAGCGGCAGAGCUUCAAGGUCCAGAUCAAGGUCCAAGUCUGGCUCUAGAUCAAGAUCUGGCUCUGCCAGAAGUGGUAGAGCCUCAAGGUCAAGAUCAAGGUCAGGAUCGGCAAAAAGUGGAAGGGCUUCUAGAUCAAGGUCUAGGUCGUCCAGAUCGCGGUCAGGUAGCGGAAGUAGAAGAGGAUCAAGGUCGCGUUCUAGGUCUGCUUCAGGUUCAAAAAGGUCCCGUUCCAGAUCAAGGUCAGCUUCAAGGUCAAAGUCGAGGUCACGAUCCAGAAGUUCCGCUAGAUCAGCGUCCAGAUCUAGAUCACGUUCUAGAUCCAAGUCAAGGUCUCAUUCUAGGUCAAGGUCCGGUUCAAGGUCAGGAGGAGAAGGUGGAACAAAAUCUAAGAGAAAUAGGGCAGUUCUUUCAGACUCGGAGGACGAAGGAACAUCUCAACCUCCAGCUAAAAAGGCUCUGGUUAGUGAUGAUGAAGAGGAGGGUCCUUCCAAUGAAGGACAAGCAGGAGGCCCAGAGGAGGGUGAAGAAAAACCUCCAGAUCAACAAGAUUACGAUUCGGACGAAGGGGUUGACGAUAGAGGUCGCAGCGAGGAACAUUCCGGCCUGUCAGAUUUCGAUCUGAUGUUGGCCAGGAAAAAAGAGGAAGGUUCAAAGAGAAGAAAGCGAAAAGAUAUUGAUAUUAUCAAUGAUAACGACGAUAUCAUUGCAGGGUUAUUGGCUGAUAUGAGAAAUGCUGCUGAGGAAGACAGAAAACUUAACUCACAGGGCAGACCAGCCACAAAGAAAAUAGGAAUGCUGAACAAAGUGAUGUCACAGCUGAAAAAGCACGACUUGCAACUAGCUUUCAUAGAACACAACGUUCUGAAUGUUCUUACAGAUUGGUUGGCACCAAUGCCAGAUCGCUCUAUGCCGUCGCUCCAAGUUAGGGAGGCACUUUUGAAAUUACUGGCAGAUUUUCCAAGAGUAGAUCAGUCUACUUUGAAACAAUCGGGCAUAGGCAAGGCUGUGAUGUACCUUUACAAGCACCCAAAAGAAACUAAAGAAAAUAGGGAGAAAGCGGGAAGACUGAUAAGUGAAUGGGCCAGACCUAUUUUCAACUUAUCCACUGACUUCAAAGAUCUUAGCAAAGAAGAAAGGUUACAAAGAGAUUAUGAACAGAUGGGUGCAAAGCGAAGAAAGUCAGAAGAAGAAACAUCCAGAGAAAAGAAGGAAUUAACAAAGGCACUGAAUGCAGAGGGCAAACCGCUGAGGCCAGGUGAGAAAGGAUGGGUAGCAAGAGCUAGGGUACCAGUCCCUUCGAAUAAAGAUUACUUAGUAAGACCAAAAUGGCAAUCUGAAGUAGACAUUAGUAGGCAAACCAAGAAGAGCAUGAACAGAUUCGAAAAACACUACAAACAGUUUUUGGACACCAAACGGCUGAAACAGACAAGAAGAGCUGUAGAGAUAUCUAUAGAAGGAAGGAGGAUGGCACUGUGAAUAUUAUAAUGAAUUUGUUAGGUUAAGGCAGUUUUGAGUUUUGUUCAUUCAAUUUCUUUAGUUUACCGAUUUGUAUUUUAACUUUGAUUUAAAUAUAUCCAAUCUGUAAAGAAUA